AUGGAUGACGAAAGAAGUCAGUCGGCGCGUUCAAACGAUUCAACAGCCCGAGGAAAUGAUUUUUCCCGGAUGAACGGUCCAGCAGCAGGAGGAGCAGCCCAGGCGAACGACUCCGCGCAUCGGUCGAGCAAUUCAGCCAGAGAAGUGAGCCUUAAGAUGGAUGACGAAAGAAGUCAAUCGGCGCGUUCAAACGAUUCAACAGCCCGAGGAAAUGAUUUUUCCCGGAUGAAUGGUCCAGCAGCAGGAGGAUCCCAGGCGAACGACUCAGCACAACGGUCGAGCAAUUCAGCCAGAGAAGUGAGCCUUAAGGUUGUGAAAUUUGAAUCAGUAACAGAACGAGAGCGAUUGUUGCAUCGCCUUUCGUUGGGUCGUUCGCCAACAAAAAUGCCAACGCAGUUGAUUCAUCCAGCUGAUGAAGACGAAUCUGACAGCGAUGAGCCAUUGCUGUCAGGCUCAGGCAUUGUGAAUCAGGACUGUUCUGAGGAUGUGCUUAGCGCAUGGAACAAAGUUCUGGAGGAGUGGAAAGCUGAUCCGGAAUGGACACGGCCAAAAGAGCUCGCUGAUUUGAUACGUAACGGUGUGCCAGAUGUGUUGCGCGGCGAAGUAUGGCAGUAUUUGGCAAAAGUACAAAUCGAUCCGGACCUCACCGAUACAUAUCGCUUACUACUGGGCAAGAUGCCGGAAGAUUUGGCUUUUUGUACACUUGUUAAAAUUAUGUUUGAUUAUGGCUUACGUGAUUUGUUCAAACUUGGCUUGGACGUUUUGCACUUGCGAUUUUAUCAGCUUCAACGAUUGACCGAGGUCUCAGUUCCUUCAGCAGUUUCUCCUUCAUGA